UCUCUUACAGAAGCAAGGAAGGGCAUUAUCGAGAGGGACCGCGCCGUCUGUGAGCUCAAAAAACUCUGUUUUCUUAUCCCUAACCUCACCGAACCCUAAACCCUAAUCUAAAGAUGAAUAGGGAAAGGCUUAUGAAGAUGGCUGGUGCGGUUCGCACUGGCGGAAAGGGCAGCGUGAGAAGAAAGAAGAAGGCUGUCCACAAGACUACAACUACAGAUGAUAAAAGGCUCCAAAGCACUCUAAAGAGAAUAGGAGUGAAUGCCAUUCCUGCUAUUGAGGAAGUCAACAUUUUCAAAGAUGACAUAGUUAUUCAGUUUACAAACCCCAAAGUUCAAGCAUCCAUUGCGGCAAAUACUUGGGUAGUUAGCGGUGCUCCACAAACUAAGAAAUUGCAGGAUAUCCUUCCUCAAGUUCUUGGACAUUUGGGUCCUGAUAAUUUGGACAACCUUAAGAGGUUGGCAGAGGAGAUCCAGAAGCACUCACCGGGCGCAGGUGCCAUUGCUCAAGAGGAUGAUGAUGAAGUUCCAGAGCUUGUGCCAGGGGAGACAUUUGAAGCCGCCGCAGAGGAGAAAACUGCUGCUUCUUAAGGAGAUAGGAAGGGGAUUUUGUGUGAUUUAUUAUACACUUUCUAUGCCCUUGUUUUUGUUACAGAAUCUUCACUUUUUUUAUGUUUUAGUGACGCAUGAUUCUUGUUUGAUGUUCUGAUCCAGUUAUGUUCUUGCGAAAUUUAUGAUUGCCUAUCGGUCCAAUUUUGUUUUA